UUCAGGCUCGACGAGAGGAAUUGAUACCUGCAGUACUUUCCAGAGAAUGCAUCAAACGCUGGCCAUCCAGGAAAUUCUUCACAAUGUGUUCGGUUUCCUGAAAAAGGACUCCAAUGCACGAAACGCUCGUGUUUGUAAGAAAUGGUCCUAUGUUGCGCUGGAUAUAAUCUGGAGGCAGAUUGAACCCAAAGCGUUCUUGUCUUUGACCCAGACUGAAGUCUCGGAUGAGAGGCCACGUCAAAUUUCUUUUGUGCGCCCUCCUAAAGCAAAGGAAUGGGAACGCUUUCUAAAGAAUACUGCUCGCGUUAGAUUCUGGGUCGACCAUUCAUACCAGGUGGAAUACCGCCUGUCGGAGCAGGCUGUGCACGACAUUGCAUCUACUCGCACGGCUCUUUUCAUAUUCCCGAACGUGCGACGCAUCGCAGUUGGCUCUUCGAACCUCGAGCCAUUCAUCAUGUGUGGUAACAUCGAAGGGCUACAGUUGAUGUUCAUGGCGACCGAGUUUCCCGGGAUCAAAAUCCCUCCCGCUCUAGAAAGCAUCGAGGAACGCUUAUGUGGGCUACACGAGCUCGCCAUCACGUACCAGUCGACUAACGUACCUGCCUUUGACGAGGAGCUCGCGAAACUUCUUCGUGUGCUUUCAAAUCUCAGACACCUCACCCUUCCCCUUGGAUGUCUCGAUGCGUCACUCGCCCGGAUCGUCUCACAGCACCAGCAUUUGAAUACACUAGAAUGCGACGCGGACCCUCCUCUGAUUCGUUAUCCGACAGAGCCUGAGGCUCGACUUCUAUACGUCGCUAAUCUCCCACCACUACAGGAAGGGGCAUUUCCGAAGCUAAAUACCUUCGCUGUUUCCGCCCCUAAUCUUUCCGAUGCUGCCCUAUUUCUUACUCAGCCCGGAUUUCCUUCCAGAAAUCUAACCAAAAUCUGGUUCCACACCGAGGUCAUUCCCACUUCCACGGAAUUGAAUCGUAUCUUAGACGAUUUAAUUCCUGUCUACCCACAGCUAGCGGCCCUUACGCUUGCGUUUCACAGGCUACUAUACGUCGAGGAAGGAGUGGACGUCAGUCUUCGGGGUAUCCCAACUCUGAAGAUCAACGACAUCCUACCAAUCACACGAUUCGCCUGUCUUGAAACCUUCGACAUCAGCCAUCCUUACCCCAUCGAGAUGGACGACACCGACAUGAAAGCUUUACGCUCCCCGCAUCUGAAGAAGCUUCUGCUAAAUCCCCAUCCCAUCGUACCGAAGCCCACCAACCUUACGCUGAACGCGUACACCGAUCUGCUCCUUAAUUGUGCAAAUCUCCGCGAGGUGGGCCUCUUCGUGGACGCCACACGUCCCGCACCUCCCCCAUUCCUACCCAGAUACUUCGGCAGCCUACUCACUGGAGUCUAUUUCGGCCGUUCCCUGUUGUCGCUUGCGUUGGAUGCCACCAGCACUGUAUACCCAUCUAUCGCUCGAUUCCUUGCGUCCGUGCUACCCUCUUCCUGCACGUGGAGAUGGCCCGGUCACGCUGAUGAGUUCACCGCCGAACUCCAAUACCGCGACGACUGGCUGCCGGGCCUCACCGCGUACCACCAAUUCGAGGAGUUUGAGCAAGGUUGGCAGACGGUAGAGGCCAUGGUUAGGCUGAUAGAAGAGGAGAGAAGGGGGAAUGAGGAUAGGGAGAAGGAAAUUCGAAGGUUGCGGGGAGAGAUAGCGAAGUUGAAGGGCGGAGAGCGAUCGGGGUAGAAUCGUGGCUAGAAUGUCCAUUAAAAUCAAUCGUGAAGC